UAUAAAGUGGACGGUGGCAGCGGGGGGUCAGUCGAGAGGUGUCGCCGGCGUGACAAUGUUGCCGUUGAAGCCUGUGAUAGCCGUUCUGGCUUUCGUAACCGUCGCUACAGCAGCGAAGCUUGAAACCCUAGAUAAUGCUUCCCUGAGAGCCAUCGACAGCGAGGAGGUGGCGCCGGGCUACCAAGCUAACCAGGUGCCCGUUCAAGGCGACUGGCAGGAGGAGGAAGAGGAUGACGACCUGUAUGACUAUGACUACGAGGAUUACCCGGGCGACGGUAAUUCCGAGGAGUACCCAACCCCCCCGGAUGGCGAUUCGGACGCCGGCGAGUACGAAGACUACGGCGAAGAAGAAUUCGAUGAGCAGGAACAAGACGAGAGCGACGAUGGCGUGCUCAAGCGCCGGAAGAGGAAGUUGAUCUACGGCGGCGGGGCCUACGGCAGGCGCGGAGGCUCUCGCGGAGGCUCUCCCUACGGGCGUCGCCGCAGCAACCAGAACUACCACGGCCCCGACUACGGCCGGGCGGCGGCGGUCCCAGCGGCGUUACUACGGAAGUGCCGCCCUGGCUUUCUACAUAAGCAGAAGCACAGCCAGUUUGGAUAG